GCUGUGGGUAUGGUUUAAGAUUGUAAUACUUUAGCAUACUUCCCAUUCUUAUCAUAUCAACAACAUAACUGUAGGGAGCAUGUUGUAUUGCAGUAGUUGAACUGUGUGUACUUAAGUUCAACAGCAUUGCUCUUACAUAGUAUUGUAUAAGCAUGUAUGUGCUAUGUGUACUUUAAACCAGGAAUAUGAAUGUGAUCAGGAAACUAUUUCCCAGUUGUUCCCUUUGAAACAAAGCCCUGCUGCAGCUUAACGUUUUAUUUUCCGUCAUCCCAUUUGUGAUGCUGGAGGCAUACAUAAGAGAGUGAAGCACAUGUUCAGCCAAACAGUAUUUUCGUUGUGAAAGCUAGAGAAAGUUUGUAGUGACCACAGGGCAUAUCAGAUAAUAAGGAUUCGGGCAAUAGUAGUGAUACAAGAUGCUUUCAAGUGACACCCAAGAGCUCUUUUUUUUAAUCUAUAUCCUUUUUUAAAUUAUAUGCAGCCCGGUGGGAAAAUAACUUCACCCCAGAUUUAAUGUCGGUUUGUAUGUUUGACGGAUGUGUGUUUGGAGGUGAUAGUAGUAUUAACCAUUAUAUGGCAAAAUGGAUGUUUAAGAAAACGAGAAUCUCAUACUAGGAUGACGGGAUGUAGAUUUCCCCAUGUUGCUGCUGUACAGUGAAUGCAGCAUAUCCUUGUUGGGGAAGUAGGAGACGCAUGAGACGACUUCCUGCAACUUUUCUGUUCCCUUCACCCAAUCCACUAACCCUGACUUCAACAAGAAUUGAAAUAAACACGGUGAGUCUUGUUUAAUAACCCCGUUUAUUUCAUCGACAGCAAAUAAAAUAAAAUCCGUGGUAGCUUUUUGAUGCUAGCCCUGAUGCUAUCUGCUGUUAGCUAAUAAAAGGAAUUAAAGUCUUUACGUUGAACGGGCUGAGCCAUGGCCAGUUUUCAGAUCCGGAAGUAUCGGGACGAGGACUCAGAGGCGGUGAGGGACACCUUCACCAUGGGGAUGAGCGAGCAUGUGCCCUCCUCCUUCAUGCACAUGCUGAAACAGCCACCGACCCAAAUGGUGCUCAUGUGCCUGUUCUGCGCCCUCAUCACCAGCUCCAAGUCCUUCCUGUUACCCAUCCUGGCCGUCACCCUGGUCCUGGCUGGGGCUCGGCAGUUGGUCGUCUACAUGUUCAAUAAAUACAUCGACACCUCACUCAGUAAGGACCUCAAUAACAUCAGCGAAACCUACCUGAAGCAGAAAGACUCGUGUUUUUGGGUGGCUGAAGUCGAUGGAGUGGUGGUCGGCACGGUGGCUUGCCUUCCUGCUGAGAAAGCGCCUGCGUGUUUGGAGUUGAAACGCAUGUCUGUACGCCGCAGUCACCGCAGGAUGGGCAUCGCUAAGGCUCUGUGUCGGACAGUCGCUGAAUUUACUCGUGAACGAGGUUUUGCAGCCGUUUUGCUGGUCACCUCUGUGGUGCAGACAGACGCUCAGAAGCUGUAUGAGGACAUGGGUUACAAGAAGAUACGAGAGUUUGUUGUUCCUGAGCUUCCUGCCAAAAUCAUGAACUUCACUCUGAUGGAGUACAGACUGGAUUUACAGAGAGAGGGGAAAAGUGAAUGAGUUGUUUAUUAAAUUAGACAAAGACUAUAACAUUUUAGGGUUAAGGAACCGUCCAUUUAUCCAGUUGCAAUACUUACAUUUUGCCAGCAUUCAUUGGCCAUAAAGGGACAGUCAUGAUUGUUUAAAGUUGGGUUGUAGGAAGUACAGUAUAGCCCUUGUGAACUUGUAACUGAAGAUGUUAUAUCAUUGUAUGCUUUUCCCAAAGCCACCAGACUUUAUUUAAAAAUCAAACAUGUUACUGUUACAUUUCAGUUGUUGUCAAUAGAGCCUGGUUGAAAGACUCCAGAUCACUGAUUCGGUUCUCCGUCUAAAAGCAUGAUAAAGCAAUGGGAAUAUUUUAAAUCAAGCAAAACAAAUAUUUCAACUUAAUUGCUAGGAAACCAGGCUGGCACCAAACUAUCCCUUUAGAUCGAUAAACCACAGGCAACAGUAUCCACAUAAAGAACAGUUUAACAUACACAGGUUAAUAACAUGUUAGUAUUUUGAAUAAGCUACUUGAAAGUAAUUGUAUUAUUUAAUUUUCUAAAUGAUUUAUUUUUACAUGAUACUUAUAGAAUAAACUAAUGGAUAAACAUA